UGUUCUGCUAUAUAGAUUAUCAAACGUACGUGCCACUGAUCUGCACCUGGUUGGUAUCUGUUUGAGCAUAUUUUGGCGGCUCCUCACAGGCUCACCUUUGCGCACAUUUCAAGGGGAGGUUAUAGGAUUUGAACUUUAGCUGGAGUUGAAGCUAUAAUGUCGCGUGGAAGGGAGCGGGAGGAUUACGGCCCAGCGUCAGCUGGUGUGAAGAACAAGGUCUCCGUUCUGGUUCGCAACAUUCCGUUAAAUUACACGGCUGAAGACUUGCGGGCGAAAUUUGAGAAGUAUGGUGACCUGCGCGAUGUCUACAUUCCAAGGGACUACUACACACACAAGGGAAGCACGAGAACUCAGUCGAGCAUGUCAAGGAGGGGCAGUCCGGAAUGUUACAACGGCCUAGGAGCCUCACUACGCUGCGCACAAGCAAGACGAGGUUGCGAGCAAGCAAGCAAGGGCUGAAGCAAGCAAGCGAGUGUACAAGCAAUCAAGUUAGGAGGCGUUUGAGCCAUUCGGGAUGCAAGCCGCCUCAAGCAAGGCCAGCACCCAGCUAUUGUACUGGUCAUGGCAUCUUGGCACGGCAGUGAUCAAGUGAUCAAGCCAAGCCCCCAAGCAUGGCCCCCUGCUACCACCACCGUGCACGCCGUGUAGCAGGCGGUCGCGGGGCUUUGGCUUCAUCGAGUUCCGCGAUGCACGGGACGCGGACGAGGCCAUCUACCACAUGGACCGCACAACGCUGGAGGGCCGAGAAAUAAACGUGUGUCUAUCGAAGGAAGGCCGUAAGACGCCGCGGGAGAUGAUGAUCAUUGAGAACAAGCAGGGUGGAAGUGGAGGAGGAGGAGGAGGAGGGCGCUCAGGCGGUGACGACCGGCGCGACCGCCGGCGCUCCCGUUCCCGCUCUCCUCGCCGCGACCGCCGCCACAGCCGCUCACGCUCCCCCCGCCGCGGCAGCCGCUACAGCCGCAGCCGCAGCCCCCGCGGGAGAGACUAUGACCGGCGCGACCGGGGCCGCGAUUAUGACCGUGACCGGGAUUACGACCGCGGCGGACGCGACAGGGACUACGACCGGGAUGGAGGUCGCGGGCGGGACUAUGACCGUGACGGUGAUCGGGACCGGGACUAUGGCCGCGAUGAGCGGGGCAGGGAUACCGAACGCGACGAGCGGGACCGGGACUACGAGCGGGGGGGAGAGCGGGAGUACCAACGUGGCGGCAGCCGAAGCCGCAGCCCGCGCCGAGUCGCUGAGGCGUCGCCCAGGGGAGAGCGUGAGGAGGAGGCUCCGCGCGCCGACUUGCCGUCCACUGGGGAGGCCGAAGCGGAUUUCAAGGCAGAUGAGCCGGUGCCCGGGAACGACUCGGCAAACCCGAACGACUACUACUGAGGGCUUUCACUUGCAGCGGAGAUGCCCCAUUAGCUACCGAGGAAUGCGCACGAUCCGCUGAGUACUGUGAAUGCCGCUGAGUUGUGUGUUGCCUUUUAGAUUGGUCGAAUAUGGGAUGUGCAUGCAUGACACGAAGAGCCGGUUGGGUCGGCGGCUGCUAGAACCACUUGUAUGUGUUUAUGGCUGGCAUUUGACUGGCAUUCCCGAAACACUGACUGCGAACGGACUUCGCGCGCGAAAUUGGAUAAACAAAGUUAGUCAUUAGUUAGUUAGCGCAAAGAUCGCGGUGACCAUAUGCACGUAACUACCAUUGUAAGCUCGCUUACAUGAUGCAAUUGCUUUGUUAUAAGGCACGUUAAGUUGUGCUUGUUUGUUGCCUUUUUGGACUUGGCAAAGUAACCCAUCGUGGCGUAGCUGCAAGAGACUAGCAACAUAUACUAUCGGAAUGGAGUAACCUUGGUACUUCGUCGUUGGGCGCGGAGAACGUCAGGGCCCGAACAUGCGCGCCAUGGCAUUUCACUCUGGCGUGUCACGCUUGGCGAGAGCACCCUGUAUAGGUCCACAUAAACACGCUUGCUUCCGAUUUGCGUUUACGAAACAAAAGCUAACCGGACGUUACGCAACACUGACGCGGAGCCAGCCUAUCGAUGCGGAGCUCCAACCGUUGGCUAGUUUGCCCCCAGGCAUCUCUUCUCGCGCCUCUGAGGAGAGCUCGGCAACAGGUUACAUGCAAUCCGGAAUGUCGCUAGCAAUGGUCCCUGUUCCCGGUGAAGCGAACGUACCCGCUUCAGCCGGCAUGGGCACGGCCGAAGGCGCUACAUCACCGGCCCCCACACCCCUUGCGAGUAGCACCCGCAGUCAGGACCAGCAGCCUGCUCCCACAAGCAAUCCCAGCAGCAGCCCCACUGCUUCAUCAAACGGAGGCAGCAGCACGGCUGUUGCUCCCUCGCCUGCUCCUGCACCACCGCCCAAAUCAAAGCGCAAGGGCAGCCCUCCUUCCACAGGACCCCACCCCGCGCCUGCGCCCACUGGGACAGGACCCCACACCGCGCCUGGCAGCACCAACCCCGCUUCAGACCCCAACCCCAACCCCAACCCCAGCUCCAGCCCUGCACCCAGUCUCGGCCCCAGCGACGGCGCAGUGCCUCCUGCCCCCAAAGCCCGCCCUCCCUCGCUGCGCCGGCUGCGCACCGUCACCCGGCUGCUGCCGCGGGUGCUGUUCCUGCACACGGGCGGAACGCUGGGCAUGGAUCCGGAGGAGGCUUUCGAGGAGGACGAGGGCCACAACCUGCGCGUGCGGGCGGGCGCCACCGAGUCCUCCUACAAGGGCAGCCUGAGGCCGGGCGAGAUGCUGUCCGGCCUGCUCACCAUGGUUCCGGAGCUGGACAAGUUCGCCAACGUAGACCUGCAGGUGUUGUUCAACAAGGACAGCAGCAGGGUGGGGCCGCAGGACUGGACCGCCAUUGCGCGGGCGCUGCACCACAACCGCAAUCACUACGACGCAUUCGUGGUGGUCCACGGCACCGACACGCUUGCCUACACAGCCGCCGCGCUGUCGCUGAUGCUGUGCGGCUUCCGCAAGCCCAUUGUGAUGACGGGCAGUCAGCUGCCGCUGCGGGCGCCGCGCACGGACGCGCGGCAGAACCUGCUGGACUCCAUCCAGGUUGCCACCUCCGCCUUCGCACCGCCCCACGUGGCGCUUCAGGAGGUGGCUGUGUGCUUCGGAGGCAAGCUCAUGCGCGGCAACCGCACGCAGAAGGUCAACUCCUCGGCCUACCAGGCGUUCGACUCGCUGACCUACCCCUACCUGGCCACACUGGGCAUCGGGGUGGACUGGAACACGCAGGCGCUGCUGCGGGUGGAGGGAAGCUACAGGCCGCGGUUCAAGCUCGACCCUCGCGUCAUUCGCAUUCCGGUAGUGCCCGGAAGUGACCCGCGGGUCGCCUAUGGGGACCUGUACGGCCGCGGUGUGCGCGGUGUCGUACUGGAGGCGUUCGGUGUGGGCAACCUGCCCGACCAGGCGGGGUUCGGCUGGCUGCCGUGGCUCAAGGACCAGACGGCCAAGGGUCUGCAGGUGUGCCUCACCAGCCAGUGCUCCUCGGGUCCGCUGCAGCCGGCGCUGUACCGCGCGGGGCAGCUGGCGGCGCAGAUGGGGGUGGACGCGGGGCCGCACAUGACGCCCGAGUGCGCCGCCGUGAAGCUGAUGUUCUGCCUGAAGCACCCGGACCUGGCGCUGGGCAUGCCGCUGGCGGGGGAGCUGUGAGGGGGAAAAUUGUAGACAAGUGCAACAACGCAGUCCCAAUCCCAAAUCCCGACUCAUGCUGUGAGGGGAGGUGUGAGGAGCAGGGUGCAGCGCAAGGGAGGAAGGAGGAGAACAUACCGUGCUGUGGACCAGUGUGGCGGCAUAGGGUGCAGCGCAGGGGAGAGGAGGUGGGGAAGAGGGCGGCGGUGGGGAGAGCUUUAGUAAGGCAAGGAGGAGUUGCAGAGCGUGGAGGAGUGUCGAGUGUGGUCAUAUGGCUUCUAUCUCGGAGGAGUGGAGAGGAGGGCACGUGAGUGCAGAGCGGCCAUGAAGGGGGGCGCGUUGAAUGGCUGUGCAGUGCGCCAGUGAUGUUGGAGCAAUGAUGGAGCGCUGAUGCAGAGGCCACCCAUGCUA